ACCCUUAUUCUUACAUUGCCACACUCUUUGUUGAACGGCGCUACUCCGGGGCUCCGGGCUCCGGCCAUUGAACAGUGAACGAAUUUCAGGCGUCUAUUUGUUACUCCGUAUUACGGGGUCGUCUGUCAAGCCUCGGUAUCGACGUCGCUGCUGAAAUUUUUCCGCUGAUCUCUUCCAUCUUCAACUUCCAACCACGUCUUCUCCCGCGGCGUCCAAGCUCCGCUCCGUCUCGAUUUCAAUUCUCACCUUAAGCCGCCAUUGAGAUUUCGGUCCAUUAGUCCAUAUUAUCCAGCUUUGCCGGCCUUCCGUAAUCCGUCCGGCAGUCGUCAUCGAUAGCCGCCUUUCGAAGGUGACCCCGGUUAAUCCGGUCGGGUCAGGGAAAUUGGGUUGAUGGACUAUGAGUUGGUCUACUUAUUAAGUGACCUCAAAACCCUAAUUUUACCUUGUGCUGUUGCACUCUGAUGAUCACUGCGGCACUCCAUUUCGAAAUCAACCAAUCCGGAUAAUCAAAGAAGUCCAUAGUCUAGGGAUGUCGAAAUCGGCAUCUUCGUUGGAUACAGAGGGAUCUCAGCCGGUCGGAGAUGGAGACCGUUCUGCAAAUUUACCUAGAACGUUCAAAUACUUGCUUGCUACGCAGUUUUUGGCGAGAGGUAUACCAUUCAUAUUCAACUCCUGGAUAGUCCGACACCUCAGUGAAGAAGAUUACGCGCUGUAUGCCAUACAAUUUCACCUGUUCAUCACCUGUGUCCUGUUCCUCAGCCGUGAAGGUUUCAGAAGGGCAUGCAUGAGGGCAGAUAUUAGUUGUGAUGGAUCUUCAAUGAGAGAAAAUGCAGCAAAACUUUUGAAAGUAGCCUGGAUCAGUUUCCCCUUAGGGCUAAUUAUCACACUUAUUGGAUGCCUGUUUGUCAUAUGGUGGCAGGACCUAAGCUAUUCUAGUCCGUAUGCACAGGCCAUUUGGAUAAAUGGAUUUGCCUGUAUAGUGGAGCUACUAGCGGAGCCUUUGUACAUCUUAUCUCAGAAUUUGCUUCUCCUAAAGUUGCGACUGAUUUUAGAAGCUGCUGCUACACUUUCACGUUGUGUUACAACAUACAUGCUCAUUGUAAAGCUACCUGAUAUGGAGAAAGCAAUUGUUUUUGCUUUGUCACAAACUGCAUAUGGAGCUUGUAUUUUCAUUGGUUACUGGGGCUAUUUUCUUCUUUUCCAUGUAUUUAAAGUUUCGGAUCUUUUCCCUUUUAGUGUAAUGGGCUAUGAUAAGGAUCUUUCAAAAAUGUGUACUCUUUUUACCUUUCAAUCCUUUCGUAAGUUGCUUCUCCAAGAAGGAGAAAAGAUGGUUCUUGUAUGGUUGGAUACACCUUACAAUCAAGCAGUUUAUGGGCUUGUUGAUAAAUUAGGGAGCUUAGUGGUGCGACUUGUGUUUCUUCCAUUUGAAGAAAGUUCAUAUGCCACAUUUGCCAGGUCUACUUCAGGAGAAUAUGCACAGAAAAACAAGAAAUUGGGGAGAAGUUUGACAAAUGCUCUAAAACUUGUUUUGCUAAUAGGGCUGGUAGUAAUGGCAUUUGGUCCCAGUUAUUCUUACUCUGCGAUUAGAUUGUUGUAUGGUCAAAAAUGGAGUGAUGGUGAAGCUCCAAGAGCCCUGAAAUACUAUUGCCUUUAUGUCGUAGUUUUGGCUAUGAAUGGAACAUCUGAAGCGUUUUUGCAUGCAGUUGCAAAUGAGAAUCAACUGAAGAGGUCAAAUGAUUCCUUGCUUGUGUUCUCUUUGAUCUACCUAGUACUGAAUGUGUUACUUAUACGAUCAGCUGGUGCAGUUGGACUAAUUCUAGCAAAUUCUUUGAAUAUGAUUUUUAGGAUAAUCUAUUCAGCAGUCUUUAUCAAGAAUUAUUUCCAGGAUUCCUCAUUUUCCUUCCGUAGCUGCUUGCCUUCAGGCUGGACCACCUUGUUUUUUUCUGGAGCAGUGACAAUGGUAUCAGAAAAGCUAUUUCUGGACCAUGAUGAUUUUUGGAGAACAUUCUGUAUUCACUUCUCUGUUGGGUUUACCUGUUUCCUUGUGACGGCUUUAACCAUCUAUCGCCGAGAGAGGAGCUUUAUCAACAACAUCAUACGAUUCCGUGAGCACGCAGACUGAACCAGGAUUUUCACUUGUGAAAGUAAGAUUCAACUCUCAGAUUCUGAAUAUAUUUAAAUGUCUACCAACCAAUGAAGAUACUCGCAAAUUGCUCUCGAAAAAGCAAGGAAAAAGUAGAUCGUGUUUCGGUCAUUUGCUUACACUGUUAAUGUAACCACUGAAUUGCUAUGGGUUUACAUCGCAAACAGGAUUGAUGGUGGAUUUGAUGUCAGAGGCCACCUGCUAUCUUUAUCCCAUUCAAUUUUUCUGUCUAGAAUAUUACUGGAUACUGGUAGUUUUAGCUCCAAUCACACUUUAGGUUUAAGCUUAUUAAUUCAGCAAAGUUUUCUCAUUUUUUCAAGGUACAUAACCAAGUUCUAUUCAAUUUUGUAAUUUUAUGGUAAUUGUAUCAUCAAUUCAUCAUUGAUGACAGAUGUUAAUUGAAGUUUAAUGUAGGAAGCAGAAUAUGCUUUUGUUUCUCA